AUGUGUCAUUGUUUUGUGAUAGAGAGUAUUUAGUCUCUACGGUUAUAUAUACUUGAAUCUGAGUUUUGUGAGUAAGACAGAAAAAUUUAUGAACCAAUAGAAACGAUGAUCGAAGCAAAACUUGAAUAUUUGAUUGGUUAAAAGUGAAGAAAGUGUAAUACCCGAAAGUCUUACUCAGCUAACGCGUGAGAUUGAAUGUAACGCAUAAAGACAGUUGAAUUUGAUUCUCGAAGCCUACAGUCGCGUUGAUAGUUACGUCGUCAGUGCCGGUAUAAGUUCGUUAAAUUAUUUCUUUGUUAUUAAUAAGUAAUUUUUUCUAACAAAAAUGCCAAAAAAAACACAAAAAAAUGGGUUCUAUUAUUUUAUGUUGGAUUUUAAAAGAAGAGAGGAAAGAAAAGGAAUCAAAUUCAACGAUUUAAAAGAAGUUCAAAAUAAUCCUAAGUGUGAUCAAGAAUGGAAGGCAUUGUCAGUUGAAGAAAAACAAAAGUAUUAUGAUAAAGCAAAGAAAAAUAAAGCAGGUGCUGAAGAAACACGUGCAGGUCUUGAAAAAUCAGUAAGGUUGCUAGAAAAACAACAAAUUGACCAACGAACUUAUGAAAUGAGGAUGAAAUAUUACAUUGAUAAUACUAUCGAAGAAGCAUAUACUUUUAACCGACUUGAUCUUAUGUCAUUUUAUUUUAUACAUGUCAACUGGUAUUAUACUAAAAUAGAUGCUGACAAUGUUGUUGACUACAUUCCCGCAGAAUUCUCUGUAAUUGAAUUUUCUUUGAGUGAAGGUAUUAAAAGAUGUUAUCAUGAGAUCAUUAAAAUUGUAGUCGAGAGAGGAUACAGUAGGGAAGCUCUUGAACAUAGUGAAGCUACGCACAAAAUUCCUGCUCAUAAUCAAGGGGAAACAAGUGAUUAUAAAGAUUUAUAUAAUAAAUUUUUGGACUUUAUUUCUCAUGGAGAUAGAUCAAUGAAAAGAUUUCCACCUUUAUAUACAUCGAGAAAAAUGAAAACUGUUGUUCCUUGUCUUUUUGAGCGUAUGACAGCAGCUGCUGACGUUUCUAGAGUCACCUUUGAUUUAUUUUCUUUGGAAUAUUUAUUUGGCACAUUGAUGUUGUAUUUAAAUGAAGAAUUUCCAGAGUCAGGUAACCGUGUUCCUUUAGCAGAAGCAGAACUGGAGAAAGACGCUUUCGUUUGGACACCUAAUAUUGAAUGUACAUAUCAUAGUCAAGUUGCGGGAACUGGACCAUAUUGCAGUCAAUCUAUUGUAACUCAAUGGGUGUUCACAUUCUGUGAUUAUUGUUGUCCAUUAUUAAAGAUUGAAAUGAUUAACGGAAAACACUGUCCUUAUAAUAAUGAUGAUGAAUCACUGACGGCUAGUGUGCGUUCAAUGCGUAUAAAAGAAGAUAAAGUCAGCACACCUAAACCUAGUACUGAGGUUAGUGAAUUACCUCGUCAACAAGCUACUUUAGGGACUAGACAAGAGCUUAGGAUAGGACGUACUGUGACAAUUAUUAAUUAUGACCAUGGAGAAGAGAAUCCUUCAAGUACUGCUCCUUCGGCUAGUACAUCAGCGUCUAAUUCAAGGGAACAAAGACGACCACUUCGCCCUCCUACGACAUUCUCUGCAGUUCUCACCGAUUUUUGUUCGGAUUAAACGCCAAUACUUGAUGAUAAUAACUUUCCAGCAAUUGUUGCUCGUAAACCAUAGUCACGUUCGACACAAUAAAGUCACGUUAAUGAUCUACAGAAAAAAAAAAACUUCAGUUCGUAUUAUGGAACCAUUCAAUUCUUUAUUUUAGUCAUUAACAAUUGGAUUUUAAUUGAUAAUCAUUUAAAUACAAAAACUCAAAUCAAAACUUAGUCUAUAAGCAUAUCAUAGAAUUUAAUACGCAUUAUUUCCGGGCAUUCUCAUAUCUGAAAUGAAUUCAUUUUUAUAAUUUAUUUUCUUUAGCAUUACUUUUCUAUUAUAUCGAUUGCAUUGUAUAAAUUUAAGGAGACGAUGAUAUGAAAAUUUAUUAAUGUAUUAGGCCUACAUGCGUUAUAAAUUAUUUGCUAUAAAUAUUUGGUGUACAGCUUUAAUUUUAGAGAGAAAAUGAAAUGUGAAUCUGUUAUUAUACUUUAUUUCACAGAUACAACAUAUAAAUUUUUAUUAAAAUGAACAAAGAAGAUUAUAAACUUUAAGUUAAUAAAUAUGAU